GUCUUGACUUUAUAGUUUCCUUUAUAUGUUUAAAGUUAUUUUUAUUUUUCCACUAUGAUUUAGUAUGACUGUGUCAUAAUUAUGUCUACUAAAAAAGUUUUAAGACUCUAAAUUUAUUUAAAUGCGAAUGUAUAUUACUAUAACAACUACUGAGAAAUUACUCAUCGUCAUCGUAUAACGUUCAGUUUAUAUGUACACACACGGAAAUUCGCGUGUUACUUGGAAUGAAUAUCGCAGGAAUUUUUAUUUUUUAAAUGUUCGAUAGUUUCGCGGUAAAAAUAUUAAAGCGCUCAGUAUUAGUUUGUUAAACAUCUCCAAAUUACAUAUGCUUUGUGACAAAAUUGGUAUCUAUUCAAAUACAGUAAUUAUUUGACGACGAAGUAACCUUAUCUUUAAGUAUUUUUUUGAGCGUUUAUGUUUUCAUAAAAUUAAACUAAAAUGUUUGUCGAUGACCAAGAUGUCAAAGAAAUUGAUGUUGACUGGACUUCUUUAUCGUUAAGUGAAGCACUUCAAAGGCGAAGGGAAGAAUGCGAGCGAAAAGCAAGAAGAGGGGAAAUGGACCCUCGGUUAGAAUUUACUUUUCAAUUGCUCAUCGAUAGUACUGAACUGACUAGGAGCUCAGUAAUGGACUAUGUAUUCGAAUCAAACAUGUUAGAUAAGAUAAAUGAAUUAUUUUUACCUAAUGGCCAAUCAAAAUUGAUGUGGUUUUAUCAAGAGGUAGAAGUUAGUGAUUCUGAAUCUUUUGAAAUGAUACAAUUAAAGCCUUCGACUAGUAGAGCAAUACAACAACGUCCAAAUGUAGUAUCAAAACCGAAAAAGAAAAAGCUUUUCCUUACAAAUGGUUGGGAAGUUGGGUUAACUGGUAUUUGUAUUUAUAUUAUUCGAUUAAAUACAACAAAACAGUUACCCGAAGAAGGAUUUCACAAAGAUUUGAUUUGUGGCACGUUAGAUGCAGAAAAAAAAGGUUUAGUGAAAAGUAUUGCUCGAAUAAUUGAAUAUGUUUUUAUACCAGCAUUGGCUAUAACACAAGCAGACGAAGAGCACUCUGAGGAUGAUCAGAAUUGUCCGUUAAUUAAAAGUCAAUUGCUACCAGAACUUCGAUCAUUUUGUAGUUCUUUGAAAGUAUGUGAAGAAGUUUGUGAUCAACCUAACAUAUUUGAUGAUGGAAUAAACUUGCUAUCAAAAGUUCCAUCAUAUAAAGAAGCCAUGCAAUUAGCUAAAAAUAGAGAUGAAAUUGUUGCGUUAGAAAAACGUGUUUUAAACUGGACUAGAAGGAUCCGUGAAAUAUUACUGGAAGACGAAAAAUUGCAAUAUGAAAGUGAUAUAAGUGGACCGCAAGAUGAGUUAGAGUAUUGGAAAAAGAGAGGAGCUCAAUUUUCUCAAAUAGCUACUAACCUUGCUUGGGAUGAAGUAGUUAUGACCAUUUGUUGUUUACAACUAUCUCGAUCGCGGAUGGUGGAUAGGUGGCGACGUACUGAUAACCAUUUAACAUUGUGUUAUAAUGAAGCAAAAGACAAUUCUAAAUAUAUUCAAGCAUUAGAAAAAUGUUGUCAUUCAUUGUAUCUAGAUAACCCGGUCAAAAUGAGGAACUCUUUGGUCCGUAUGUUACAAACAGUACGACUUAUUCAUGACGUAUCAAUGUUCUAUAAUACAACUGAACAAAUAUCAUCACUUAUGGUUAAAAUAACAAAUCAAAUGAUUGAAAGUUGUAAACAGCAUAUUACAAACAGAAAUAAAGAUACUAUCUGGUCUCAAGAUAGAAGUUAUUUAAUGACUAAAUUAAAUGAAUGUAUCAUGUUAAAUAGACUAUAUCAUUAUACAUACGAGCGAGUGAAAAUUCAUCGCGGCGCAGGAAGACAAUUUAGUUUUUCAGAAAAUUAUGUUUUUGGAAAAUUUGACUUGUUUUGUAAUCGUCUUGGAAAAAUUUUGACUUUAUUCGAUACAGUUGAUGAUUAUACCGGAUUGUUUGAACGACGUUUGGAAGGAUUAUUAUUUGGUGAUGCACUAGAUAAUGCUAUAAGAACGUUUGAAGAAGCAAAGUUAGUGGUAAUGAACAAAGGAUAUGACUACUUAGAUCAAAAGAACAAAGAGUUUGAACAUGAUUAUGUGACAUUUUUUGCAUUGGUUGAAUCGUUGAAAGACAGUUUGGCUCAUAUAAUUGAAACUAAUUUUAACUCAGUUUGGGAAACAGGACAGGGUAUUAAAUUUCUUGAUAAAUUUGAAAAGAUUUCUACUAAAAUACCAGUGACAAAAAUGGACAUAAAAUACACUAGAGUACUAAAAUAUUGUGAAUCACAAAUUGACGGAUCACUAAAAUUAUUUAAAAAGAAAAAAGGUAAACCACCUGUGCCCAAAAAUUUUCCUCCUUUAUCAGGGCGUAUUAUAUGGGCAAGAUCAUUAAGACAGCGUUUAUGUUAUCUUAUGGAUGAGGCCAAUAGUCAUCCGGUUUUAAAAAUAAUGCCAGAAAUGAGUGAUGUUCAAAAAAAAUUUUCUUCUAUGUCACUAGCUUUACUAAAUUACGAAGACGAAAUAAAGUCAAUUUGGAUGAACCAUAAUGUUAAAGUAAUAGACUAUUGUUUAGUAAAAUAUUUGUUGAAGUUUAACAGCAAGACUAAUAUGGUAUACGUAAAUUUUGACUCAAGAAUACAUCUAUUAAUAUUAGAAUCAAGUUGUAUGCUGAAAAUGGAUAUACAAGUUCCAAUACUAACUAAAGCAAUUUACUUUAAAAGGGAUCAUUUUACUCUAAUUUGUGAUUCAUUACAGUGUAUGUUAAAUAAGAUUCAAAAAGUUGCAAGCAGUGUAAAUAUGGACGUGAGACCACUUUUUGUAACUCAGCUUGUUUGGCUUCUUGACCUCUUGACACCUGGCUUACAAAAACUAGAUUGGACUAGUGCGGGAUGGAAAACAUUUGUAGAUGAAACUAAUGCAGCAACAGAUAAAUUACAAAUAUUAGUUACAAGAGUUCACGAUGUUUACAAAAACAGAAUUCUUCAAGUACUUUUGUCAAUACAAAACAUUACAUUGUAUACAUUUCCAGAAGAAGAUAUUACAUGGACAAUGGAAGAAUUUUUAGAAAAAAUUCAUGAAACCUGCCGACAGGCUGCUAUUGAAUUGAAUCGAAAGAGUUUACUCGUUGAAGAAGCUGUUGAAGAAGUCUUAAACCUUGUUCAAAAAGCUAAUAGUGAUGUGACUAUUCCAAAAUUAGAAAAUGAGUUCGUUCAAAAAGGAAAACAAGAUACUGUAGAUGUCUCUAAACAAGACGGUGGUGACAAUCAACAGGAUUGGAGUACAGUGUGUGAGUUUUUUGACAAUCCAUUUGUUCUAGCUGCUUAUGAGUUACCACCAUCAGUUUAUACUCUAGCAAAUAAUGCAAUUAAAGAAAUGAGACGAUUUUAUAGUAGAAAAGUAGUCGAUGCUCUUAUAAAAAUAACAAAGCAAUCUUUAGAUGUUUUAAGAAAAAAGUUUUCACAAGAUUCAAGAGAGUCACCUGUUUUUGAAGUUCAUGCCAUAUUGAUGAUUCCUUCAAUUGUUAUUCGACCAGGUAUUAGUGAACUACAAGAUUUAAUGAUCCAAACUGGAAGAAUAAUGAUAGGGGUAGCGAAAGGAGUUGGUCAAUGGACUGGAAAUAAAAAAACAAAGGUUUUAGCAGAAAAGCAUUGGAAACAGUUAGCAAAAGACUGUACGCUGCGUGAUGAAACAAGUUAUUCUAAAAUUAUUAUUUCUAAUAUGGAACAGAGUCUUGGUACUGCAUCAGUUGUUCAGGAAGAUACUCGAUCAAGACGACGGAGAUUGUAUAGGUUGGCAUCCGAGAAAAAACCCACAAUUCCAAUCAUACAAAGAAACUUUUAUUUAUAUGUAUCAGAAAAUAAAGAAGUUGUAAAAGCUUUUUCAUUACUUUCGACGUGUGUACAGCCUUUAAAACCGGGUUUUCAAGAUUUUUUAAGUAUAUGGGCUCCUUAUAAAUCCCUAUGGAAAAAUAAUUUGUCUGAAAGGAAAGAUUUGUCCACUGUAUCAUUGAUAGAUUCUGAGGUUUAUCUACAAAAAAAUUGUGAUCUUCUUGAACUUUUAAGAUUAGAGCCAGAUACUUUUAAAUUAGGAUCAUGUGUUUUAAUAUCUAUUGAAAAACUGAAGUAUGGUUUGACAAUAGAAGUAAAAUCGUGUAAUCGUCACAUAGGUCAACUUUUGCGAAAAAAAUAUCAUCGCGAAAUGGAUUAUGUAUAUGCAGUUAUGAAUGAGAUGGAAAGAAAACUAGAAAGACCAAUUAGAGAUCUUGAUGACAUUCGAAUGGUGAUAGAAACAUUAAAAAAAAUUAGAGAAAAUGAGGUGGAUAUGGAGCUAAAAAUUGAGCCAAUUGAAGAAGCAUUUAACAUUUUGACUCGUUAUGACUUACCAGUUGAUAAAGAAGAAUUAGAACAAGUUGAUAACAUACGUUAUUGUUGGCAAAAAGUUCUAUCACGUGCAAUGGAUAUGAAUUUGUACUUAUUAGAUUCACAACCACAAUUGCAAAAAGAAUUAGCUGAAAAUUUGAAACAUUUUAAACUAGAUUGUGUACAGUAUUGUCACGAAUAUAGGACACUAGGUCCAAUGGUGCCAGGUCUAUCGCCGAGAGAAGCCUCAGACCGACUUAUAAUGUUUCAAAAUCGUUUUGAUGGAAUGUGGCGUCGUUUACAGUCAUAUCAAAGUGGAGAAGAAUUAUUUGGUUUAGAGAUAACAGAAUAUCCCGAACUUAUUCAAAUACGCAAGGAGUUAAAUCUUCUUCAAAAGCUCUAUAAAUUAUACAACGAUGUUAUAGAUAGAGUUAGUAGUUAUUAUGAUAUACCUUGGGGUGAUGUUAAUAUAGAACAAAUUAAUAAUGAGUUAAUGGAAUUCCAAAAUCGAUGUAGAAAAUUGCCAAAAGGAUUAAAAGAAUGGCCAGCGUUUCAUGCUUUAAAAAGAACAAUAGAUGAUUUUAAUGAUAUGUGUCCAUUAUUAGAAUUAAUGGCAAAUAAAGCAAUGAAACACAGACAUUGGCAAAGAAUAAUGCAAAUCACGGGUCAUAACUUUGAUUUGGAAAGUGAAGGAUUUUGCCUAAAGAACAUAUUAGAAGCGCCUUUACUUAAACAUAAAGAGGACAUUGAAGAUAUAUGUAUAUCAGCCAUGAAAGAAAAGGAUAUUGAAGCAAAGCUUAGACAAGUAACUAAUGAAUGGUCUGUACAAGAGUUGACUUUCCUAACAUUCAAUAACCGCGGAGAAUUGUUACUUCGUGGGGAUACAACAGCAGAGACAAUAGGUCAACUUGAAGAUAGUUUGAUGAUUUUGGGAUCACUAAUGUCAAAUAGAUACAACGCUCCAUUUCGAAAACAAAUACAACAAUGGCUGUAUGAUUUGUCAAAUACUAAUGAAAUAUUAGAACGCUGGCUUUUAGUACAAAAUAUGUGGGUGUACCUAGAAGCUGUAUUUGUUGGUGGUGAUAUAGCAAAACAGCUUCCUAAAGAAGCAAAGAGAUUCAGCAAAAUUGAUAAGUCGUGGCAAAAAAUAAUGCAGCGAGCCCAUGAGACCCCUAGUGUUGUUAUUUGUUGUGUUGGAGAUGACAUGUUGAAGCAAUUACUUCCACAUUUACAAGAACAGCUAGAAUUAUGUCAAAAGUCUCUUAGUGGUUAUUUAGAAAGAAAACGUACAAUGUUUCCACGAUUUUUUUUUGUAUCAGAUCCUGCUUUAUUAGAGAUUUUAGGACAAGCAUCAGAUUCACAUACAAUUCAAAACCAUUUGCUCUCAAUAUUUGAUAAUACAAAAGCAGUGAAAUUUCAUGAGAUUGAAUAUAAUAAAAUGACAGCUAUUAUUUCCACAGAAGGUGAAAUUAUACCUCUUGAAAGAGCUGUUAGGGCUGAAGGAAGCGUAGAAACAUGGCUUACUAGUUUACUACAAACAUCUCAACAAACAAUUCAUUCAAUUAUCCGAUCAGCAUAUAAUCAAAUGAAUGACUCAAAUUUUAGUUUGCUACCGUUUUUAGAAAAAAUGCCUGCUCAAAUUGGAAUUUUAGGUAUUCAAAUGAUAUGGACUCGAGACUCAGAGAUAGCUUUAGUCCAUGCUAGAUCAGAUAGAAAGAAAAUGCAUGACACGAAUAACAGAUUUCUAGAGCUUUUGAAUACUUUAAUUGAUCAAACUACAAGAGAUCUUACACGUAUUGAACGUACAAAAUUUGAAACUUUAAUAACCAUUCACGUUCAUCAAAGGGAUAUAUUCGACAUCUUGUGUCGUCUUAGUGUCAAAUCUGUCAACGAUUUUGAAUGGCUAAAACAAUGCAGAUUUUAUUUUAAGGAAGACUUAGACAAAACUUGGAUAUCUAUAACUGAUGUUAUUUUUAACUAUCAAAAUGAAUAUUUAGGGUGCACCGAAAGACUUGUUAUUACUCCUUUAACUGAUAGAUGUUAUAUAACAUUAGCACAAGCUUUGGCUAUGAGUAUGGGAGGUUCACCAUGUGGGCCAGCUGGUACUGGUAAAACAGAAACUGUAAAAGAUAUGGCCAAAACGUUAGCCAAAUAUGUGGUAGUAUUUAAUUGUUCUGAUCAAAUGGAUUACCGUGGAUUAGGAAGAAUUUACAAAGGUCUUGCUCAAUCUGGUACGUGGGGUUGUUUUGACGAGUUCAAUAGAAUAGAGUUACCCGUGUUAUCUGUUGCUGCACAACAAAUUGCAGUAGUUCUAUCUGCAAAAAAAGAAAAAAAGAAACAGUUCACAUUUACAGACGGUGAUGUAAUCGAUUUGUGUCCUGAAUUUGGAAUAUUCAUUACAAUGAAUCCAGGAUAUGCUGGUCGUAAAGAACUUCCUGAAAAUUUAAAAAUACAAUUUCGUACUGUGGCAAUGAUGGUUCCAGAUAGACAGAUAAUCAUUCGAGUGAAAUUAGCUAGCUGUGGAUUUCUUGAAAAUAUUACUUUAGCUCGAAAAUUUUAUACGCUUUACAAACUUUGCGAAGAACAAUUAACAAAACAAGUUCAUUAUGAUUUCGGGUUGCGAAAUAUUUUAUCAGUACUAAGAACUCUUGGUGCUGCUAAACGUGUCAACAAUAAAGAUUCUGAAAGCACAAUUGUUAUGCGAGUUUUACGUGAUAUGAAUCUCUCAAAACUUAUUGACGAGGAUGAACCAUUAUUUUUGUCUUUGGUCACUGAUUUGUUUCCUAAUCAAAUGCUAGAAAAAACAUCUUAUCCUGAGUUGGAGGAAGCUAUUGAAAGUCAAGUGGAAGCUGAAGGUUUAAUUUAUCAUUCACCGUGGGUUUUAAAAUUGAUUCAGUUGUAUGAAACACAGCGUGUAAGACACGGUAUAAUGACCCUUGGACCAGCAGGAUCUGGAAAAACUUGUUGUAUACAAAUUUUAAUGAAAGCAUUAACAAUAUGCGGUGAACAACAUAGAGAAAUGAGGAUGAACCCUAAGGCUAUAACGGCGGCUCAGAUGUUUGGUCGACUGGAUGUUGCUACUAAUGACUGGACGGAUGGAAUAUUUUCUGCUAUGUGGAGAAAAACGUUGAAAUUGAAAAAAACUGAGCAUAUAUGGUUAGUUUUGGAUGGGCCGGUAGAUAGUAUAUGGAUAGAAAAUUUAAAUUCUGUGCUGGACGAUAAUAAAACUCUUACAUUAGCAAAUGGCGAUAGAUUAGCUAUGUCACCAAAUUGUAAAAUUAUUUUCGAGCCUCAUAAUAUAGAUAAUGCGUCUCCAGCUACUGUUUCACGUAAUGGUAUGGUGUAUAUGAGUUCGUCGGGUUUAGAUUGGAAUCCUGUAGUUGCUGCUUGGUUAAAGAAAAAAAAUAGACGCGAAACAAAACUAUUUCGUCGACUUUUUGAUAGUACUUUUUCUAAUAUUUACAAUUGGACAACACAAAACCUAAAUAUGACGAUGAAUAUUUUACAGUGUAACAUAAUUCAACAAAUACUAAUAAUAUUACAAGGAUUAAUACCCCAAAAACCAGAAGAAGAAAAAAAGGACGAUGAAGACGAAUUCAAUGAUCAUGAUAGCUCUUCAGAAGAAGGUGAAGAAGAUAUAACAAAUAAUCGAAUCAAACCAGAUGAUUUAUUACCAAGUAAAAUUCACUUGCAACGUUUAUUUGUUUUUUCAUUGGUUUGGGGACUGGGAGCUUUAUUGGAAACUGCAGAUAGAUCGAAGUUUCAUGCUUAUUUGAACAAUAAUUUUUCUUCCAUUUUAGAUCUACCAUUGUCAAAAAUUCAACCGGAUGCUGAGAUUUUUGAUUUUUUUGUUACUGAAGAAGGUGAAUGGGAACAUUGGAAUACAGCAAUGGCUUCAAAUGCACAACCUGAAACAUCAAUUAGUUCUGAUUAUAGUCAAACAUUAGUACCUAUUCUUGAAAGUGUUCGAAUUACUUAUUUGAUAAAUACAAUUGCAAAACAAGAAAAUCCAGUAUUACUUAUCGGAGAACAAGGAUCCGGAAAAACUGUUAUGAUGAAAUCAUAUAUGAAGUUUUCUAAGUCUGAUGUAUAUUUAAACAGAUCAUUUAAUUUUUCUUCUGCUACAAGUCCAUAUCAAUUUCAGAAAACUCUUGAAAGUUAUGUCGAAAAACGAUUAGGGAAUACAUUUGGUCCACCAGGAGGAUUAAAAAUGAUCGUGUUUAUUGACGAUAUAAAUUUACCAGAAGUCAACGAAUGGGGUGAUCAAAUUACAAAUGAAAUUGUUCGUCAAACAAUGGAUAUGAAUGGAUUUUAUAGUUUAGAAAAACCAGGAGAAUUUUAUAACUUGAACGAUAUACUUUUUGUUGGCGCUAUGGUUCAUCCAGGAGGUGGUAGAAAUGAUAUUCCUUCUAGACUUAAACGACAAUUCAGUAUUUUUAAUUGCACAAUGCCUUCAGAUGCUUCUAUAGAUAAGAUAUUCCGUAUCGUUGGAGAAUCACAUUAUAAUGCAAAACGAGGAUUUUCUGUAGACAUUAGAAAUUUGGUUAAAAAGCUCACUCCAAUAACUAGAGAGAUUUGGCAUUGUACUAGGCUUAAUUUGCUACCUACUCCAGCAAAAUUCCAUUAUGUGUUUAGUUUAAGGGAUUUGUCUCGAAUAUGGCAAGGGAUGGUUGGAACAUUAAGUACAGUAAUUGAUUCACCGAAAAUAUUACUUAUGUUAUGGAAACAUGAAACAACUCGGGUUUUUUCUGACAGAUUUACUUCUUUGGCCGACAAAAGUUGGUUUGAUGAAGAAUUGAAAAAUAUUGUUGAACUUAGAUUAGGCACUCAAUAUUUUGAUAUACUUGACUCCGAUCCACCUUUUGUUGAUUUUAUGAGAGAUGCCCCUGAACCAACUGGCGAAGAAGGAGAAGAAGCUGACAUGGAAUUACCUAAAGUAUAUGAACCAGUUAUGGAGGAAGCUCAAUUAAAAGAGCGAUUGGAAAUGUUUUUGUCACAAUUUAACGAAAUGGUUCGUGGGGCUGGAAUGGAUCUUGUAUUCUUCCCAGAUGCUAUAUUUCAUCUUGUUAAGAUAUCUAGAGUUAUCAGGCAUCCACGUGGGAACGUUAUGCUUGUAGGAGUAGGAGGAUCUGGUAAACAAUCACUUACUAGAUUAGCUUCAUUUAUAGCUGGUUACAAGACGUUCCAAAUAUCAUUAACUCGAUCAUAUAACAUAACGAAUUUUUUGGAAGAUCUCAAGUUAUUAUAUAGAACAUGUGGUGUUCAAGGUAAAGGAACAACUUUUAUUUUUACUGAUUUAGACAUAAAAGAAGAAGGAUUUCUGGAAUAUUUAAAUAAUAUAUUAUCAUCAGGAGGAAUUACUAAUCUAUUCACUAAAGAUGAACAAUCAGAAAUAAUUUCUGAAUUAACUCCUAUUCUAAGAAGGGAAAACAUUAAACGAACAUUGAAUCAUGAAAUUAUUAUGGAUUAUUUUUUGACGAAAACUUGUCAAAAUCUUCAUAUUGUUUUUUGUUUUUCUCCUGUCGGUGAAAAAUUUAGAAAUAGAGCUCUCCGUUUCCCUGCAUUGGUGUCGGGUUGUACAAUUGACUGGUUCCAACCGUGGCCAAAAGAUGCUCUUGUACAAGUAGCAGAGCACUUCUUGCAAGAUUUUGAUAUUGAAUGUACAACAGAAGUGAAGCGAGAGUUAGUAGAUGCUAUGGGUACAAUACAAGAUAUUGUCGAUCAUACGUCCAGGGAUUAUUAUCAACGAUUUCGUCGUGCAACUCAUGUUACCCCAAAGUCAUAUUUAAAUUUUAUCGGUGGAUAUAAAAGUAUAUAUUAUCAAAAACAAAAAGAGCUAGGGGAAGGAGCUCACCGUAUGGAUACAGGUUUAGCCAAGUUAGAGGAAGCUUCUAUUUCAGUAGAACUACUAAAAAAAGACUUAGAUAUAAUGGAACAAGAUUUAGCAAUUGCUUCUCAAAAAGCAGAAACUGUACUUGUUGAAGUGACCGAUCGUGCUAAACAAGCAGAAAUUGUGAAAAAUCAAGUCAUGAAAGUAAAAGUGAAAGCAGAAGCCCUCGUAGAUUCCAUCGCUAAAGAAAAAGCUAUUGCUGAAGAAAAGCUGGAAGCUGCAAGACCUGCAUUAGAGGAAGCCGAAUCAGCAUUAAAUACAAUAAAACCAGCACAUAUAGCUACAGUUCGAAAACUUGGAAGGCCUCCCCAUUUAAUUAUGCGAAUUAUGGAUUGUGUUUUAAUACUAUUUCAAAGAAAAAUUCAUCCAGUUGUUUGUGAUACAACAGUGAAAUGUCCUAAACCUUCUUGGCCCGAAUCAUUAAAGAUGAUGGCAAGUACAACUUUUUUACUCCAACUACAAAAUUAUCCAAAAGAUACUAUCACUAAUGAAAUGGUUGAGCUAUUACAGCCAUAUUUUGAUAUGGAUGAUUAUAACAUGGAUACAGCGAAACGAGUUUGUGGUGAUGUAGCAGGAUUAUUAUCAUGGACAAAAGCAAUGGCAUUCUUUCAUAGUAUUAAUAAAGAAGUAUUACCAUUAAAAGCUAAUUUGAAAUUACAAGAAGCUAGAUUAUCUAUUGCAAUGGAUGAUUUAUCUAUGGCUGAGCUUGAAUUACAUGAGAAAGAAGUUGCAUUAAAUGAAGUAAAAUAUCAGUACGAUGCUGCUGUUCAAGAAAAGCAAAGGCUUACAGAUGCCGCAAAUGUUUGUCUAAGAAAAAUGACAUCAGCAACUGCUUUAAUCAAUGGCUUGGGAGGAGAAAAAAUCAGGUGGACACAACAAAGUAAAGAUUUUAAAAAACAACUUGGACGGCUUGUUGGAGAUGUUUUAUUAGCAACUGGAUUUUUGUCAUAUUGCGGGCCUUUUAAUCAAGAAUUUAGAUCAAAUUUAGUUCAAAAAUGGAUGAUCAUACUAACAACUCAAAUAAUACCUUUCACAAAUAAACUUAAUAUUACCAAUAUGUUGGUUGACAAUUCAACAGUUUCCGAGUGGACUUUACAAGGAUUACCUAAUGAUGAAUUAUCUGUACAAAAUGCUUUAAUUGUAACUAAGUCGAGCUCAUAUCCACUCCUAAUUGAUCCACAAAAUCAAGGAAAAAUGUGGAUAAAAAAUAAAGAAUCUUCUAAUGAAUUACAAAUUACAUCAUUAAAUCAUAAAUACUUCCGGACACAUUUAGAAGAUUGUUUAUCGCUUGGUAGACCUCUAUUGAUUGAAGAUGUCAGUGAAGAACUUGAUCCUGUAAUUGAUAAUGUAUUAGAGAAGAAUUUUAUAAAAUCGGGUUCAAUAGAAAAAGUUGUAGUUGGUGACAAAGAAACGGAUGUUAUGCCUGGAUUUGUAUUAUAUAUAACAACCAAAUUACCUAAUCCAGCUUACUCGCCUGAGAUAAGCGCUAAAACUUCUAUAAUUGACUUCACUGUUACAAUGCAGGGACUUGAAGAUCAACUUUUAGGUAGAGUUAUCCUAAUGGAAAAAUCUGAUUUGGAAGCAGAAAGAGUUUUAUUGUUUGAAUCUGUUUUACAAAACCAACGUUCAAUGAAAGAAUUUGAAAGUAAUUUACUACACAAGUUAUCAUCUAUUCAAGGUUCAUUGGUGGACGAUGAAGAUCUUAUUCGAGUGCUUCAAGAAACUAAAGCAACAUCAGAAGCUGUAAAUGCUAAAUUAAAAGUUUCAGAGCAAACUGAAAUAAAAAUUAUGAAAGCUCGAGAAGAAUUUAGAGCAGUCGCUACGCGCGGGUCAAUACUUUAUUUUUUGAUAGUAGAAAUGAGCAAUGUAAAUGUCAUGUAUCAAAACUCUCUGAAACAAUUUUUAAUGUUAUUCGAUAAUUCGAUUAAUAAAUCAGUUAAAAGUUCAUUAACUGAAGAACGAAUACAAAACAUCUUACAGUAUCUGACUUUUGAAGUGUGGAAAUUUACAAUGAGGAGUUUGUAUGAGCGGCAUAAGCCACUUUUUACUCUUAUGUUGGCAAUGAAAAUUGAUUGUUUUAAAAAAUUAAUUACCCAUGAAGAAUUCAUGACAUUUAUAAAGGGUGGGGCUUCAUUAGAUUUAAAUGCGGUAACACCAAAACCUUUCCGUUGGAUAUUAGAUAUAACAUGGUUAAACUUGGUGGAACUUCACAAGCUAGACGUAUUUUCAAAUCUUUUAAAUAAAAUCAAACAAAAUGAAAAAGAAUGGCGAAUUUGGUAUGAAAAAGAAAAGCCAGAAGAAGAAGAUAUACCUUGUGGAUAUAAUAAAUCCCUAGAUGUGUUUAGAAAAUUGUUAUUAAUUCGUUCAUGGAGUCCCGAUAGAACGCUAUCACAGUCAAGAAAAUACAUAAUGAAUUCCUUAGGAUCUGAAUAUGGAGAAGCAUGUAUUUUAGAUUUAGAAAAAACUUGGGAAGAGUCAGAACCCCAAAUACCCUUGGUUUGUCUAUUAUCAAUAGGUUCUGAUCCAUCUCCUCAAAUAACUGCAUUAGCCAAAUCGAAAGAAAUUCAGUUACGAUCCGUCUCUAUGGGACAAGGACAAGAAAUUCAUGCAAGAAAUUUAAUAUCUGACAGCAUGAAUAUUGGAGGCUGGGUAUUAUUACAAAAUAUGCAUUUAUCUCUUCCAUUUUGUGCGGAAGCCAUGGAUGCAUUAUCAGAUUCUGAAGAAAUUCAUCCAAGUUUUCGAAUGUGGAUAACAACAGAAGUUCAUCCUCAUUUUCCAAUAGCACUAUUACAGAUGGCCAUUAAAUUUACGAAUGAACCGCCUCAAGGGAUUCGUGCUAGUAUGAAAAGAACUUAUCAAAAUAUAAAUCAGGAUAUGUUGGAUUAUUCAAGUCAACCCCAAUGGCCAACCCUUCUUUAUGCCGUAGCAUUUCUUCAUACUAUUGUACAAGAGAGAAGAAAGUUUGGGCCUCUUGGUUGGAAUAUACCAUAUGAGUUUAAUCAGGCUGACUUUGCUGCUAGUAUACAGUUUGUACAAAAUCAUUUGGAUGACAUGGAUCCUAAAAAAGGAGUCUCUUGGCCAACAAUUUGUUAUAUGCUGGGUGAAGUUCAAUACGGUGGUAGGGUUACAGAUGAUUUCGAUAAAAGAUUAUUAGUAACUUUUACUCAAGUUUGGUUUUGUGAUGUAUUACUUCGGCCUGGGUUUGAAUUUUACAGAAGCUAUAAGGUUCCUACAAGUCGAAACAUCCAAGGCUGUGUCGAUUACAUAAAUACUUUACCAGUAACUGAUUCACCUGAAGUUUUCGGGUUACAUCCGAAUGCAGAUAUAACCCAUCAAAUUAAUACAGCAAAAGGAAUUUUGGAUACAAUUUUAAGUGUUCAACCCAAAGAAGGUGGAGGUGGAGGUGGCGAAACUAGAGAAAGUGUUGUUUAUCACUUAGCUGAAGAUAUGUUAAAAAAAUUACCUAAACAAUAUAAAGACUUUGAGGUAAAAGAGUCAUUACAAAGAAUGGGGUCGUUAUUACCAAUGAAUAUUUUUUUGAGACAAGAAAUAGAUAGAAUUAAAAAAGUCAUUGGUAUCGUCAAAAAAACUCUCUGUGAUUUGAAAUUAGCUAUUGAUGGUACAAUUGUAAUGAGCCAGGGCUUGAGAGAAAGUUUGGAUGCUAUGUAUGAUGCUAGAAUACCACAAAAGUGGCAAAAAGUUUCUUGGGAAUCAGCUACACUAGGAUUUUGGUUUACUGAACUUUUAGAACGUGAUAAUCAAUUUCGAAAAUGGAUUUCAAGUGGACGACCAAAUGUGUUUUGGAUGACUGGAUUUUUUAACCCUCAAGGAUUUCUUACAGCUAUGAGACAAGAAGUGACAAGAGCUCAUCGAGGUUGGGCUUUAGAUUCCGUUGUACUUCAAAACCUAAUAACACGCCAUAAUAAAGACGAACUAAGUGAUUCUCCACCAGAAGGUGUUUAUGUCAGUGGAAUGUUUUUAGAAGGUGCUAGUUUAGAUAGAAAAUCUGGUAAGUUGGUGGAAAGCAAACCAAAAGUUUUGUACGAACAGAUGCCAGUGAUUUAUAUAUUUGCCAUUAACACAACUGCGGGCAAAGAUCCUAAACUAUACGAGUGCCCAAUUUAUAGAAAACCUCAAAGAACCGAUCUAAAAUAUGUAGGAUCUAUUGAUUUUGAAACAGACAGCAAUCCUAGGCAUUGGACGUUGAGAGGGGUUGCACUUUUAUGUGAUAUCAAAUAAUUACAAAACUCACUACAAAUGAAAUUUUAUGCACAUUCUGUAUUUAAAUAAUUAUAAGUAUUAUUUAUUUAAAUGAUCCAGUUAAAAUAUUCAACAUUAUUUAUUUAUAAAUUGUUAUUAUUGCUCGGCUAAAUAACUGAAAUAUAUAUACACCUACUAGAUAUUUGUCGGAUUUUUCUGAUAUCUUGAGAAUUAUUCUGUUUAAAAAUAAUUUUAUAUAAUUAAUGACAAUAUUAUUUUUGUAUUUUAAAUAGUUAUUAUUAAAUACGUAUUAUGUAUUGUUCAAUUUUUAAAUGUUAAAAAUUAUGAUUGAUAAAGAUAGUGUAAGGUUAUUGAUCGCAACAGAUACUUUUUUCCCUCUUUCGAAUUUUCCAAUCACUAAUAAAACUGUACUUAACGACUUUUGCCAACUUUCAAAAAUCCAUCUAACCCCUCAGUAUUAUAAUCACCACAAAAUGCCAUUAUCGUUAAUGAACUUUUUAGUUUGAAUAUUAAAAGUCUACCAUUGGCUGUAAAAAUAUAUAUCGACUAAUUACAUAAGUUCUUAAUGGCAAGUUAAAACUUUUUUGGUUUCAAGCGCGAAGUCAGUAUCAUCGAUGAAAUUCGAUCACAUAAAUAAGUUAACUUAAUUAUAAAAUGAAGAAUAAUAAACUUAUACUUUUAAUUUAUUGGUUUCGCUAAUCAAAGAAACUGAGUACCAAUUAAUAUCAAUAAUAAAUAUGAAAGUUAUAUUUACGUAAUAUAGUUAAAUUUAAUAAUUAAU